CUCAGAGGGUUGGAAAAUGCGGAUUCAAACAACACGCUACGCUCCUCCUCCAAUGUUGUCCAACGGUUUCAGUUUCUUAAGAAUCGGGUGCGCAUCCGAAAAUGGGUGCCACAUUGGACACCCCAGCGCGAGUUCGGGCUUCUGUGUGUCCACUGUGUCAUAAUGAAUGCAAGAAACCUACAACGCUGAGGUGUAGACACUGCUUCUGCGAGGGAUGCAUUGGCGAGUUGUGGAGCGGGUCACAGUCGGGACCUUACUAUUGCCCCGAAUGCAAACAAGAAUACAGGAAGUUAAAUGAGGCGCUUUGGGAUACGGAAACAUCAACAUCGCCAUCGUCUAGCAGAAAUUCUACGGGUUGGAGAGACAGGCUUUCCUCCCGAGCCUCCAACAGUCUUCUGGGCAAGAGAGUUAACUCCAGAAUCCCUCAGCAACAAGGAGGCGGCCAGAGGCUAGGGCCAUCUCCUACUACAAACGGAGCAGAGAGUGAUUGCUUUGAGUACCUUGGUGGUUACUCUCCUCCACGUAAGAAAACACAUUCCAGCAGUAAUGCAUCCACACCAAAGAACCAUGGCUCUGUUAGAAGGCCAUCCACUGACAGGAGCUCACCACCUUUGGAAGGGACGUCUGCAGACUUGUGGGGCUCCAAUCAAAACCCAGUCUCAGUCAGUGAUGACAGUGAUGAGGAGAAGGUCCAGGUUGUAAGUGGUGCUUCCACAGGCAGCCAAUCACCAGUGGCAGCAGAAACACUAGAUGAGCCUGCAUUGGCGCCAUCGGAGUCCUCUCCAGCAUCCACCCCGACUGGGAGGAAAUCCCCGAGUGCCACGACACCUGCAAUGGACAUCUCUCCAUCAUCCAGAUCUCCCCGUGUUAGCGGCUCACCUCAGGCGACUGGCUCACCACUCCAUCUUACACUCACUGUCAGUCAGCGGCCCUCACCCCGCAACGAGUCUCCACCGGCUGCAUCUGCUGCCCUGGACCCUGAAGCAGCCUCUGGCCGCAAGCCUGUCCUCUGCCACUACUGCCCCAGCCAGGAGCAAAGGCCUGCGGUCAAGACCUGCCUGCAGUGCGGAGCGUCCAUGUGUGCCGAACAUCUGCGCAUCCACCUAGAGUCGCCCGUGUUCCAGGGCCACCCGCUGGUGCCGGCCGUGAACGACGUGUCGCCCUGGAGGUGCCAGGAUCAUCAAGAGAUGAACCGCAUCUACUGUCGGCCGUGCGCCAUGUGCGUGUGCACCGUCUGCACGGUGAUUGGCUCGCACCGCGACCACGCCUGCAUUAGCAUCAAGGAGGCCGAGAAGGAGCUGAGGGGUAAAAUGAAAGAAGAGAUAAAGAAGCUACAGGAACAUGAAGAAGCUGUUCUGUCCAGAACAGAUGAACUUCUUAAAAAGAAACAGGCAUUCCAGGAGGUUCUAGACGAGGCCCGGGCCAAUGUGCGGAACCAGUACCAGGCCAUGCGGGAGGCCCUGGACCUGGAGGAGCAGCAGGCCCUGCGCUGCGUGUCCAAGGAGGAGGCCGGCAAUCUGGCGGGCGUGGAGGACCAGCUGAGCCUCCUGCAUGACAGUCUGACCACCAUCCAGCACAGCGUGGGCUCCCUCACCAGACUGGCCGACGCCACUGGGGCUCUCAGGGUGCAGGACCAGGCCUUCAUCAUGGAGUACAGCCAGGUGGCCAACAGGAUUAGUGGACUCUCCAAUCCGGUGGAGGACUUGGAGGCUCUGCGGGAGGUGGACCGCGCUCGUCUGGACUGCCUGCAGGGGUGGACGGAGAGGAGGCUAGACACGGUGGUCAUCUCACGUCCCCACAGAGACCCGUUCAGACUGAUGUAUGGUAUCUCUCCAGUGCUGGACCCUGACAGUGCACACCCGAAGCUGCUCCUGUCCAUGGAGAACCGACGGGUGACCUUCAGCGAGACACCGCAGCCCUACCCCGAGCGAGAGGCACGCUUCACCUCGUUCCCGCAGGUCCUGGCCUCGGAGGCCCUGCGUGGCGGCCGCUGGUACUGGGAGGUGGACGUGACGUCUGACGAGGGCCGGUGGAAGGUUGGGGUGUGUGAGGGGCAGAUCGGCCGCAAGGGCCAGAAAGACGCCAGCCGCCUGGGCUUCAACGGGUUCUCGUGGUGCCUGCUGAGCGAGGGCAAGGGCAAGGUGGAGGUGCUGCACGACAAGGCCACCGCGGCCGUGUGCGCGGACGCACCCCACAGGGUGGGCGUGCUGCUGGACUUCCAGGAGGGCUCGCUGUCGUUCUUCAGCGUGGCUGAAGAGGGCGCUCUCACGCUGCUCUACAGCUACCAGCAUGCCUUCUCGCAGCCCCUAUACCCAGCGCUGGCUGUGUCCAAGACCCAGCUGACCGUCUGUGACCUCUUCCAGAGUGACGAUGGCAGCCAGGAGUAGAGUCUCUGAAAUCACUUUUAAAAAUCACUUCUAUCAUUCCAUAUUUUUGUAUAAUUAUUUUCUGGAACAUACUUUUUCAUCUACUGGACAGACUUGCACCUUGGCUAAAGUUUUUUUUUUAUGUAUGCUCUUUUAAAAGUAAUGGAGAGUAGUGUCACUCAAUUUCUAUCAGUUUUUAAUUCAGUAAUAAAUUAUGUAUUUACAAAU